GCUUAAAUAGCACUUUAUUGUGAACCAUCUCACAUUCAAAAUUACGUUUGCAACUAAAUAAUUGCAUAUUAUACUUAAGAAACAGUUCAUUUUCACGCCACGAUGAGUACUAAAAUAGUCAUAGGAUUUUGUUUGUUAUUGUGUCUAAAUUUUUCCGGAUCGUUAAUUAUUCAAAAUCCAGCUGUUGAUUUAGAAGAAUACAAUAAUUCUUAUGAGGAUGAAGGAUUAUUCAGUGGACUUAGUGCGUCUGGAGAAAAUUCCGGCGCAAAAAUUAAUGAUUUAGAACCUCAAAACAAAGAAUUUCUACCCAAAAACUUUGAUGCACGCACAAGAUGGCCGAGAUGUCAUUCAAUAGGCGCCGUUCGAUUUCAGUCCAAUUGCAAUUCUGAUUGGGCUAUUGCUGUUGCUGGCGUUUUCAGCGAUAGACUGUGGAUUAGCAGUAAGGGUAAUACGGCAGUCAACAUAUCUUUUGAACACAUUCUCACUUGCGCUAGAAGUGACGGAUGCAUCGAAGGAGAACCCGAAGACGCUUGGGAUUUUCUCGAGAACAACGGAGCCGUAACUGGACGUGACUACGGAUAUAAUAAGGUGUGUCAACCUUAUGAAAUAGCACCUUGUGGAAUUUACGGUUAUCCAAACUGUGAUAAACCCAUAGCAGACACGCCAACGUGCCGUAGAAACUGCACAAAUCGCACUUACAAAAGGAGUUAUGAAGCUGAUUUGUACAGGACCCGUAGAAGUUACAAGACAAUUCCGGCCAAAAACGAAAGCGACAUUAUGAACGAGAUUUAUUACAACGGUCCGGUGGCAGUUAUAUUCGAUGGCUACAAAGACUUGUUUCGUCAUGUUGCUGGGGUCUAUCGUAAAAUGUCCGACGAGUUUGUCAGGCGGGUUUCGAUGAAAAUAAUUGGCUGGGGUUACAAAGGAAGUCUAUGUUACUGGCUGGUGGUCAAUUCUUGGGGUGAACGAUGGGCCGAACAGGGACUGAUCAAAAUUGAGAGAGCCACAUUGAGCACUUUAUUUGGAAACAUCACAGCAGGAUAUGCUUGAUGUGUUAUAUAAAUGUUAUAUAAUUAUACAAUUUACAUAGGCUGUAUAAGUGUUUUCCUUAUUACAAAUUCAUUUUGUAUGACUUUGGUAGUCGACCAUUCGUGUGAAUACACUUGCACAAACGCAUUUAGUGAAACCAAAAUGUUUGUUCAUAACUUUUAUUUUAACUGGAUUUAUAAACACUUUUUAUUUAUUAGUUCUUAUAAGCAAUUUGCACGAAUAGGGUUUAAUGAAAAAAAAGUAUUAUGCUUUUACUAGUAGGAAAUGUAAUCGUUAAUAUACAUAAUAAAAUACUUGAUAAUAAU